AUGGUCCAUCUUUCAUCAAUUGCCAAGGAACCUCAAACCCACCGUCAUCGGCGGGAGAAGCGUGAAGCGGAGGCAUCCGAGGCGUCAGCCAAUGUCUACGGGACACACUACGCGGUGGAGGAGCUGCCCGAGCAUGCGAUGUCGGAGCAGGAGAUGCCGGCCAGCGUCGCAUACCGGAUGAUCAAGGAUGAGCUGAGUCUCGAUGGCAAUCCGCUGCUCAAUCUGGCGAGCUUCGUCACCACCUACAUGGAAGACGAAGUGCAAACCCUGAUGUCGGACGCGAUGAGCAAAAACUUCAUCGACUACGAGCAGUACCCGCAAUCGGCGCACAUCCAGAACCGGUGUGUGAACAUGAUCGCGGGGCUGUUCCACGCCCCGACGACGGGACAGGCGGGGUCGGAGCAGGACGCGAUCGGGACGUCGACGGUCGGGUCGUCGGAGGCGAUCAUGCUGGCGAUGCUGGCGAUGAAGAAGCGCUGGCAGAACCGGCGCAAGGCGGCGGGCCAGGACUGGUCGCGGCCGAACAUCAUCAUGAACAGCGCGGUGCAGGUCUGCUGGGAGAAGGCGGCGCGGUACUUCGAGGUAGAGGAGAAGUACGUCUACUGCACCGAGACCCGGUACGUCAUCGACCCGGCCACCGCGGUCGACCUGGUCGACGAGAACACCGUCGGCAUCUGCGCCAUCCUGGGCACCACUUACACGGGCCAGUACGAGGACGUCAAGGCGAUCAAUGAUCUGCUGGUCGCCAAAAAUAUCGACUGCCCGAUCCAUGUGGAUGCCGCCAGUGGCGGGUUCGUCGUGCCGUUUGUGAAACCGGAGCUGGAAUGGGACUUUCGAUUGGAGAAGGUCGUCUCGAUCAAUGUCUCAGGCCAUAAAUAUGGAUUGGUCUAUCCCGGCGUCGGGUGGGUCUUCUGGCGUGCCCCGGAGUAUCUGCCCAAAGAGUUGAUCUUCAACAUCAACUAUCUCGGCGCGGAUCAAGCCAGCUUCACCUUAAACUUCUCGAAAGGCGCCUCGCAUGUCAUUGGCCAAUAUUAUCAGCUGAUCCGACUGGGCAAGCAUGGUUAUCGCUCAAUCAUGACCAACCUGACUCAAAUCGCCGACUACCUGGCCUCAGAGCUGGAGAAACUGGGCUUCAUCAUCAUGAGCGAGGGCAACGGUCGCGGUCUUCCCCUAGUUGCGUACCGGUUGCCCGAAGAGGAGGGCCGUCUCUACGACGAGUUCUCCCUGGCGCAUGUGCUGCGGCGGCGGGGAUGGGUGAUCCCCGCCUACACCAUGGCCCCCAACUGCAACGAGCUGAAGAUGAUGCGGAUUGUCCUGCGCGAGGACUUCAGCAUCCAUCGCUGUAACCUGCUGGUGGAGGACAUCCGCCAGGCGCUGAAGUCGCUCGAGGAGAUGGACGAGACGAUGAUCAAGCGAUACAGCACCUACGUCCAGACGCAUGCGACCCGCGGGCCCCAAGGCCACCCGGUCUACAGAGAUGAAAAACAUUCGCUCCAGGGUAAGACCGGAAAGACGCACGCGGUGGCCAACAGUCAGAACUUCACGAUCGAUAACUGGAAGGAAGACAUCACGCUGGCGCAGGCGGCCAAGAUCGACGCCUUCGCGCUGAACAUGGGGUACGGCAGCCCGUACGCGGGCCAGAUCCUGAACGACGCGUUCACGGCGGCGGCGGACCUGGACUUCAAGCUGUUCUUCUCGCUGGACUACAGCGGGGACGGCCACUGGCCGCAGGACCAGGUCAUCACGUGGCUGAGCAACUACACCAAGCUGCCGGCGUACUACAAGCACAACGAGGAAACGCCGCUGGUGUCGACCUUCGAGGGCUACGAGGCGCAGGGCGACUGGGUCAACAUCAAGAAGAAGGUGGACUGCUUCUUCGUGCCGGACUGGUCCAGCGUGCUGCCGGAGAAGCUGGCGGCGGCGACGGUGGCGGACGGGCUGAUGAGCUGGAACGCCUGGCCCGACGGCACGGCGGCGAUGAACACCUCGAUGGACGAGCGCUACCUGUCCGUGCUGAAGUCCUCCAACGGCACCGACCGCCCCUACAUCAUGCCCGUCUCCCCCUGGUUCUACACCAACAUGGUCCGCUACAACAAGAACUGGGUCUGGCAGGGCGACGACCUGUGGUACACCCGCUGGAAGCAGGUCGCCGAGCUCGAGCCCGAGUACGUCGAGAUCCUGACCUGGAACGACUUCGGCGAGUCGCACUACAUCGGUCCCAUCCAUGAGCACGACCUCGGCACCUUCGUCUCCGGCGGCGCCCCCUUCGACUACGCCGUCGGCAUGCCGCACGACGGCUGGCGCGCCUUCCUGCCCUAUGUCAUCGACGAGUACAAGAACGGCGGCGACGGCACUUCGGCCAUCGAGUCCGAGGGGCUCGUUGCCUGGUACCGCCUCUCGCCGUCGUGGGCCUGCUCCACCGGCAAGACGACGGGCAACACCGCCUCGCAGGGCCAGACCGUCCUGCCGCCGGGCGAGGUGCUCACGGACGCGAUCUUCUUCUCGGCGCUGCUCGAGUCCGCCGCCGAGGUGUCCGUCAGCAUCGACGGCCAGUCGGAGUCGGUCGACUGGUCCGACACCCCCGGCGGCGACAGGGGGAUGUACUUCGGCUCGGUGCCCAUGGACAACCGCACCGGCGAGGUCAUCGUCACCCUCACGCGCGACGGCAAGGAACUCACCCGCGUCGCCGGCCAGCCCAUCCGCACCACCUGCGCCAACAACAACAUGACCAACUGGAACGCCUGGGUGGGCAGCAACCUGACCAGCCUGGCCGCCGGCAAUGGCUCGAGCAACGGCACCUCCAAGGAAUCCGGCGCCGCCGCCGCCUGGUCGUCGACGAGGGCGGAGUUGCGGGGGUUGCUGAUUCCCGUGCUGAUCGUCUGGUUGGGGUUGGGGUUCGUGCUAUAA